AUGGCAGAUUGUGCAAAAUAUUGCUUCAAGGGCCCUUUGAAGGAGGACACCAAGUUUGCAUCUAAAAACUAUUCAAAAAUUCAAAACAAUUUUAAGCACAUUGGCUGCCUUUGGGAGACCUUUACGGUCGACAAAGACACCUUUUUAGUCCAUGGAAAGCACCACAUUUAUGUUUUUAUGUUGGCCAAGGAUGUCCAUCAAGGCAUCUUUUUUCAAGUAAACAUACCUCAGGGGAAUGUUCCUUUACUGCUUUCUAAAGGAAUUGUUUAUUGUCAUACUUUUAAUGGAAGGUUAAAUACGGUUUUGUUGAGGUCGCAUAAGACGGAGACUGUGGUAGAUUUAUUUUUAGAAAUUAAAAUUUUACCCUCUAUUUUGAGUUCACUGGGAAAGCUCCACAGGAGCUUCGAGAAAUGUUGAAACAAUCUCUUCUACUCAAACGGUGGCGAAAUGCUUGGAAGAUAUGCGAAAGUAAAAAUAUUGAGGUCGGGGCUGUGCGCCAUGGCGUUUUGCGCGUCACGCAAAAAUUUUG